AUAAUCUUCAGUUAGUGAUUAGUGAUUAACGCAAUUAUGGGAUGCGAUAUAUUUUUUAUACGCAUUUAACAGCUCCUGAAGAUAAGGAUACACUACGAUUCCGCUGAUCUUUAAACCCAAAUUCCAAAAACGACAAAUUACUUCUGAAGAUAAGGAGAUGAUGUACACUACGCUUCCAUUGGUCUUAAACCCAAAUUCCCAAAACGACAAAUUAUGGUUUUCAUUCAACUCAAUGACACUUUGUACGGUGCUAUAUCUGUCCUUACUCAUUAUCAUUAGGCUGAAGAGUGAAAGUAGCCACUUCUGUACUCGAAGAAGGGAGAAAUGGAGAUCAAGCCUGGUUUAUCCGCUUUGGUCACUGGUGGCGCUUCUGGAAUUGGGAAAGCGCUUAGUUUAGCUCUUGGAGAGAAGGGAAUUUUUGUAACGGUAGUUGAUUUCUCUGAAGAAAAGGGAAAGGAAGUUGCAUCCCUAAUUGAGAAAGAGAAUGCCAAGUUCCAUCACAAGUUGGAAUUUCCAACUGCACAGUUUGUCAGAUGCGAUGUGACAAAUACAGGAAAUUUGGCUACUGCUUUUGAGAAGCAUGUAGCAACAUAUGGAGGAUUGGAUAUCUGUAUCAACUGUGCUGGUAUUGGUACUUCUAUACCAUUCUAUGAAGACCAAACUGAUGGUGCUCAUUCAUGGAGGCGCACUGUUAACGUGAACCUGGUUGCAGUAAUUGAUUGCACUCGCCUUGCGGUAAAUGCUAUGAAAGCUGCACAAAAACCUGGAGUCAUUAUAAAUCUGGGGUCUGCUUCAGGUCUUUAUCCAAUGUAUGUCGAUCCUAUCUAUGCUGCCUCUAAAGGUGGUGUUAUUAUGUUUACUAGAUCACUUGUUCCAUACAAACGUCAAGGUAUUCGUGUUAAUGUGCUUUGUCCUGAGUUUGUUGAAACUGAGAUGGGAGUAAAAGCGGGUGCUAAAUUUGUUGAGAUGAUGGGGGGCUUUGUUCCUAUGCAAAUGGUGAUCAAAGGUGCUUUUGAGCUUAUCAGUGAUGAGAGCAAAGCUUCCUCUUGUCUUUGGAUUACAAAUCGUAGGGGCAUGGAGUAUUGGCCCACCCCCGCAGAAGAAGAAAAAUACUUAUUGGGUUCUUCAUCUUCCAGGAAAAGGGUGUCAUCUUCUAGGGAAAGGAUGUCCUUCCAAGGUCCAGUAAAACUCCAACUUCCUCAGAGCUUUGAGAAAAUAGUUGUACAUACCUUGGACCAUAAUUUCCGCAAAGCUACCCGCAUUGUACGCACACCACUGCUAUCACCCAUCGGACCACAUCAAGUUCUAGUGAAAGUCAUUUAUGCUGGUGUAAAUGCUAGUGAUGUAAACUUCAGUUCUGGACGAUAUUUCACUGGCAAAAAAAAUGACAUUGUUUCCCGACUUCCAUUUGAUGCUGGUUUUGAGGCAGUGGGAAUAAUUGCAGCACUGGGAGAAUCUGUUCGUGACUUAAAAGUUGGUACUCCUGCUGGAUAUAUUUAUUCUGGAAGUUAUGCUGAAUUUACAGUGGUUCCUGCAAAACACAUCCUUCCUGUGCCAAGACCAGAUCCUGAAGUUGUUGCCAUGCUUACUUCAGGCUUAACAGCUUCAAUUGCUCUAGAAAAGGCUGGACAGAUGGAAUCUGGAAAAGUAGUUCUUGUCACUGCUGCUGCAGGAGGGACUGGGCAAUUUGCUGUCCAGCUUGCAAAGUUGGCAGGAAAUAAAGUAGUUGCGACCUGUGGAGGUAAGGAGAAGGCAAUGCUCUUGAAAGAAAUGGGAGUUGAUCGAGUCAUAGAUUAUAAAGCUGAAAAUAUAAAAACUGUUCUACAGAAGGAGUUUCCUAAAGGUGUUGACAUCAUAUAUGAAUCUGUUGGAGGUGACAUGUUUGACCUGUGUCUAAAUUCUUUAGCAGUCCACGGACGACUUGUUGUGAUUGGAAUGAUUUCCAAGUAUCAAGGAGAGCAUGGAUGGAUGCCAUCAAAUUAUACUGGGCUUUGUGAGAAGAUUUUAGCAAAAAGCCAAACUGUGGCUGGAUUUUUCUUAAUGCAACAUGGUCACUUGUGGCAACAGCAUCUGGACAGGCUAUUUAAAAUUUUCUCUACAGGAAAGCUUAAGGUUUCUAUAGACCCAAAAAGAUUUAAUGGUGUCCAAGCUGUUGCAGAUGCUGUCGAGUAUCUUCACUCGGGUAAAAGUGUUGGCAAGGUGGUUGUUUGUUUGGAUCCAACCUUCAGCGAACAAAUGGCAAAACUAUGACCAUCUGCUGCGAAUUAAACUCUCCGAACAUUGUUGUUUAUUGGUUUGUGACAAAUAAAUUUACGCUGUUAGUGAAAACUUAAACUAAAUUUUCAUUUGCAGCUAUUCCGAGGAGGUUUGGCAAAGAUUCCUGUAGUCCAUCUAAACAAAAAGCGACCAUGAGAAGCAUAAUUCACAUCAAAGUUGAAUACAUAAGUGAAAAGUGAAAUUGAAGAAAUAAAUUAAAGAGAGAAUGAGAAUAUUGGUUAUACAGAUUCCCAAGAUACUGACUUACCUUCAGCUUUUAUGCUGGUUAUCAAGCAGCUGUUAAUUUUACUUUUAAGCAAAAUAGCAUUUGAUAUGAAUGCAUCUGGUGCGCUAGAAAUCACAUUUACAGAGUAUGGGCUACACAUUAAUGUGAAAGGUAUUUCUUGUGCAUAA